AUGUCAAAUGAUUUUACGCUUGAUGACCAACAAAAUGAAUUAUCCGAUAAAUCAGUAACUUUACAAAGUGAUUUAGAAGUGAAAUGGUAUUAUUUAUCAUCUGCUGAAAUUUGUGCACUUACACUAACUUUCUUAUAUUAUACACUUAUGAUAUGCUUGGGUAUAUUAUGUUGGUUAAAUGCAAAACGUCGAUAUAAAAAUCGUCAAAGAAAUUCAAAUACAUGGUCAAGAUUUCAAAUUAGUCCAAAUCAGUUGCACAUUAAAUAUACAGAUGAUGAUGGUGAUUCUAUGGCAAGUUAA